AUGAAGCCAUUCGCGGAUGGGGACUUCAUCAAGGAGUGCCUCGUCGCUGUGGUGGACUCCGUCUGUCCAGAGCAGCGUUUUGCCUUUGAGAGUGUUAACCUUUCGUCCCGCACCGUUCGCCGUCGCAUAGAGGAGAUGUCGGACAACGUGCACGACUCACUCAAGACCCGCAGCUCAACCCUCGUCGCCUUCUCCCUCGCUCUUGACGCGAGCACCGACACGAAGGACACGGCCCAACUGGCCGUUUUCAUCCGUGGGGUCACCGCUCAUGACCUACAGGUGUGUGAGGAAUUCCUCCAGCUUGUCCCGCUGCGCGGCACCAACAUUGGGCAAGACAUCUUCGACGCCGUGCUUCAGUGUGUGGAGCAGCAUUCCCAGGACCUCUCCCGUCUUGUGUGCGUGAUGACCGAGGGUGCCCGGGCGAUGAUUGGGGAGAAGAAGGGCGCCGCUUCUCUGCUAGUGCGCCACUGUGAGGCCGCCGGACACACUCAGCCCAUCCACAAGGUGCACUGCAUCAUCCACCAAGACGCCCUGUGCGCCAAGUCUGCCAACCUCGUUGAUGUCAUGUCUGUCGUAAUGAAGGUCGUCAACUCCAUUCUCUCCCGCAGCCUUAACCACCGCCAGUUCCAGAUACUGAUGGACGAGGUGAACGUGCACUACAACGACCUGCUCUACCUCUGUGAGGUCCGCUGGCUGAGUCGUGGGGCCAUGCUGUCCCGUGUGUUUGACCUGCAGCAGGAGAUCGCCACCUUCCUCCGUCAGAACGUCAGAAGAACCUUCCCCACGCUGAUCACUUCUCCGAUCCGCGAUGGCUCGCUCUCCUGGCCCUGCUCACGGACAUCACUACGCACCUGA